AAGCCUCCCUCUCCUCCAAACGCGCGCAACCUGCUCUUAUCCCGCCGCGCGCAUACGCGAUGCCCGGCAGCCGCCUGCCGUCUGCGCUCCCCUCCACUUAGCCCCACAUCCGAUCCGCGCUGGACGCUUCUGGGAGUUAGCAGAGCACUCUUCAUUCCCGUUUUUCCCCGGGAAACAGCACCAGCCCCCCUCCCUACCCCUCGACCCCGUCCCCGGUCCCUCCGCGAAGCAGCAUGCCCGACUCGGCAGCAGCGUCCACCAGCAGCAGCGGCGAUGCCGAAGGCUCCAGACACCGAGGCCGACCGCAGGGAGCCGGAGACGGAGAACCCAGCGCCUCCUGCCAGCCUGCGGCUUCUGGCGUUCUGAAUAAACUGUUUGGGAAGAGGCUGCUGCAGGCCGGGCGAUACAUCAUGUCCCAUAAAUCCUGGAUGAAGACAGUGCCCACAGAGAACUGUGACGUCCUCAUGACUUUUGCAGACACCACAGAUGACCACACGCUACUUUGGCUGCUGAACCACAUACGCCUUGGCAUCCCAGAACUUAUCAUCCAAAUACGACACCACAAGCAUACCAGAGUGUACGCGUUCUUCGUUACUGCAACGUAUGAAAAUCUGUUGCGAGGAGCUGAGGAGAUGGGCCUGCGGAAAGCAGUGAAGCCAGAGUUUGGAGGUGGAUCUCGCAGCUUUUCUUGUGAGGAAGACUACAUUUAUGAGAAUAUUGAGAGUGAACUGUGCUUCUUCACAUCACAGGAACGUCAGAGCAUAAUCAAAUACUGGCUGGACAAUCUCCGAGCCAAACCAGGGGAGGUCCUUCACAACAUCCACUUUCUUGAAGGACAGCCCAUAAUUCCAGAGCUGAAGGCACGAGGUGUGAUCCAACAGGUCUUCCCCCUCCAUGAGCAGAGAAUUCUGGGUCAGCUAAUGAAGUCAUGGGUGCAAGCAGUGUGUGAGAAACAGCCUCUAGAUGAUAUAUGUGAUUAUUUUGGAGUGAAGAUUGCCAUGUACUUUGCCUGGCUGGGUUUUUACACCACCUCUAUGCUGUAUCCUGCUGUGAUCGGCUUUGUACUGUGGAUGCUGACUGAAUCUGAUCAGACCAGCAGAGAUAUAUGCUGUGUAGUCUUUGCCCUCUUUAACGUGGUGUGGGCCACCCUGUUCCUUGAGAGGUGGAAGCGGAGAGGGGCGGAGCUGGCUUACAAAUGGGGCACGCUAGACACCCCUGCCGAAUCACUAGAGGAGCCCAGGCCGCAGUUUCGGGGUGUGAAGCGGUGCAGCCCAGUGACAGGCUGUGAGGAGUUCUAUUACCCGCCUUGGAGGAGGAGGCUGUUCCGAUGGCUGGUCAGCUUUCCUGUCUGUAUCUUAUGCCUUUGCUUUGUCUUCCUGGCCAUGCUCAUCUGCUUUGAGCUUCAGGAAUUUGUGAUGGGGAUUAAAGAGCUGCCACGGGUGGCGAGGUUUAUCCCUGAAAUCAUACUGGCCAUCACUGUGACUGCGUGUGACGAGGUGUAUAAAAAGAUAGCCUGCUGGCUUAAUGAUAUGGAAAACUAUAGACUCCAGAGUGCCUAUGAGAAAAAUCUCAUCAUCAAAAUGGUUCUUUUUCAGUUUGUAAAUUCUUAUCUAAGCCUUUUCUACAUUGGAUUCUACCUCAAAGACAUGGAGCGUCUAAAAGAGAUGCUUGCUACACUGCUGAUCAUUCGCCAGUUCCUGCAGAAUCUAAAAGAGGUACUGCAGCCAUACCUGUACGAGCGCCACCGACUGGGCGAGCUCACGCUGCGCGCCGUCUGGGACCUGCUGGUCUCUGCUCUGCUCAAAUACGGGCGGCUUGCGGCCGGCAGAGCUCAGGUUUCCCCCAGUGACACCACAAUUCCCGUCCCGGGCUUGCGGGGGAGCCGACAAGUCCUUCUGGGCCAUCAGGAACGUCGCGAACGCAAGUGUCUGAACGGAGGGUGCGGGGUGCCGGAUGAGGAUGGUGAGGAGGAGCGAGGAGGGGAGAGGCAGAGCGAGGAGGAGAGCGAGGAGGAGAGCCUAGUGGACUGUGGCCUCAAACUGCGCAAGGUCAGCUUCAUCGAGAAGGUUGAGCGCAAGUCCAUUGGCUGUGUGAGCCCCAUGGAAGACCACUUCCUUGAGGAGGGGAGCCCCACCAUGGUGGAGAAGGGAAUGGACCCAGCUUCGGUCUUUGAGAUGUGUGAUGAUGACGAUGAUAAUGGGAUUCCAGAGACCAAGGAGCUGAUGACAGAGCCACCAGCACCCGCAGGGUCUGAGAGCAGUGCACCUCCAAGGUUACGGAGAAGAGGCCGCAGCCUGGAGAGGGCCGACAGUAAGAGCAAGAAAGAGUCAUGGAUGGAUCUUCCAGAAGAGCAGGAGGCCACAACACUCACCCAGGCUGAGAUUGAGAGCUGCAUGCAAACAUAUGAGGACACAUUUCAAGAUUACCAAGAGAUGUUUAUCCAGUUUGGUUACGUGGUGCUCUUUUCUUCUGCCUUCCCAUUGGCUGCCAUGUGCGCCCUCAUUAACAACAUCAUUGAGAUCCGCAGUGACGCCUUCAAGCUGUGCACAGGCCUGCAGAGGCCCUUUGGCAUGAGAGUGGAGAGCAUUGGGCAGUGGCAGACAGUAAUGGAGGCCAUGGGUCUGAUAGCGAUCAUUGUGAACUGUUAUUUGAUUGGUCAAUGUGGGCAGCUACAGAGGCUCUUCCCUUGGCUGAGCCCCGAGAUGGCCAUCAUCUCUAUCGUGAUCUUAGAGCACUUUGCCAUUCUGCUGAAAUAUGUCAUUCAUGUGGCAAUCCCCGACAUCCCUAGCUGGGUGGGAGAAGAGAUGGCCAAACUGGAGUUUCAGCGCAGGGAGGCAUUCAAGAAGCACGAGCGCCAGGCGCAGCAGCACUUCCAGCAGCAGCAGCAGAGGAAGAGAGAGGAGGAGGAGCGGCAGCGGCAGGCCGAGUACCAGGCACGGCGUGAGCGGGACGACGGGCGCCCCGAUGCCUCUGGGGGUGAGCACCACCAUGACAAGAGCCAGGGAGGCAAGUCCAGGCCAGGUGGAGGAGGAGGGGGAGGCUCAGGGGGUGAUAAACCGAAAAGGCCCAGCUCGCUGCUGGCCAACAACAACGUCAUGAAGCUCAAGCAGAUCAUUCCUCUGCAGAGCAAGUUCUCUUCUGGCACAGCCCGUUCCCCACAGUCGCCCACGGGGAGCGAGCCCAAACUACCAGGCUUCCUCAGCUUCAAGUUCCUCAAAUCUCCAGAAAAUAAGAAAGAGGCAGCAGCUGCAGCCGCCGCAGCAGCAGCAGCCGCAGCUGCAGCUUCAGCCUCAGCUAGUGCUAGCGUUAGCAUGGCUGCACCAGGCCAGGAGAAGUCUCAGUCCCCCAGUAAGUCCUUCAACCCUGGGAAACUCUUUAACUUUGGGAAAUCAGAAGGGGGGGCUUGUGUGAAUGGGGCUCAGCCCUCAAAACCAGGGGAAGGGGGACAGCUUUUGGAGAAGCAACCCACAAAGUCAGACCUAAAUGGGGUGCCAGACGAAAUCCCAUCCCCGGGGGGAGAGGAAGGAGAGAAUGGACACUCGUUAGACUCUGAGUCCUCAGGGCCUAAAAUCUAACCCUAAAUAAAGCACCCACUGAUGGGGGAAAAAUGACUAACAAAGGGUUAAAGGUAAGCUCUUGAUACAUAAGGUCGUCCCACUGCUCUCCGGCCCAAUGUAAGACUCAGCCUGGAAGCUGUCAAGUAAUACCAGAUGUGGAAAAAUGGGAUGGUGUUUAUUUUUUGUUUGCUGAGGAACAUAGGCUUCUCAAAUAUGACUCCCCUCACACAUACACACGCACAUAUACACACACUUUGCCUUUUGUCUACAACACAUACAGGAAUGCAUGAGCUGCGUUUCUAAUCCGUUUUCAAAGGAUGAUCCAAAAACAAAAAGUGCAAUGUUAAUUUACCCUACUCUGACAAUUGUAAGCGUUUUAGUGCCCUCCAUAGUAUUUAAAAAUAUUUUAACACCAGUUUUAUAUCACAAUGGUGAGACCUUCCAGAAAAAAACACCACAAGUUGAUAAUCUUGAUCUGCAUCAGUUUGAACUGUGAGUGUUUUUAGUCCUGAACUUUUCUACUUCCUUAAAGCAGCUGGUUUAGUUUAGCAAUAGCAGUGUUUCACGAAUAACAAGGUACUGCAAAACCUGUGAGCUUUAUCUAUGAGUUAAAGGAAUCCCUGCAAGACUAAAACAUAGGUUUCAAAUCAAAAGAAAUGCAAUAUCUUUGUGUUUAAGGAUAGCUUUGUGAGGAACAGUCUGUAGCUGGUGUGAAAGCAUGUAUGUAAACCAAGGAAGUGGAAGUGAAACAGAGCAUGAAGGUAUAGUGUAUGUAUGGGUAAAGAAAGCACAGUGGCUAAGCAUAAUUCCACCCAGUUAUUCCAAAAGUGCACAUAUGGAGGAUGUCUUACCCGUAUUUGCAUCUUGAACAGGCAUUUUCCCCUUUGUUACUGUAGCCCAAAGGCACAGAAAGGGCUGGAGAUUAAGACUAUAGUCAUGCUGAAAUCUAGAAGUCCUGUUUUUGGGUAUGAUACUGUGCAUCUUCAUAUGUCAUGACCUAGAGUAUGGCAUUUAACCUCAACAUUCACUGUUCUUCAGUCUUUACAUCAUGAAUUUAGGAUAAUACUUUAAUUUGCAACUUGGAUGCUUGGUGGAACAUCGUAAAGAACAUGUAUCGUCUUUGCAAAGGGACUCUGCAGGGCGCUGUAGCAUUUCCUUUUCCAUGUACAGAUCAUACUAGUUGCAGUCUCUGAGAACAUUUUGCACUAAACCUUACUGCCGGUGAGAGGGAAAGACUCUGCUAAGAAAAGGAGAACACCAGCCUGCCUCAUAACAUAUGCAAACGCUCGAUUAUGGUUUUCAUUGCACUGCACUACUGAAGCAUUAUAUUGACCCAUCAAGUUUCUGUAUAUCUGGGUGCUUUGUCUAACUUUUUUUCUAAUUUAUUUGCCUAAUUUAUUCAUAAACCCUAGGGUUUAUUUAGAUGUUUCAUGUUCCAUUACUUGCCAAAGCUAAACUAAUAUUCACUGGCAGUGCCGAAACUUUUCUUUGUAAAGCCAUAACUGUUGAGAAUAUUUCAACAGAAGUUCAAUUGAUUUGUGCUAACUCAUCCUCACAGCUCUGGUGAUGAGGAGAAAGAAGGUCCAGGUUUUCCCUCAUAGCUUUGUUUCUUAUAGCAGCAUUUGAGUGCUGGAGAAAAGACGGGCUCAGUUCCAUCAAUUCAGCAUCAACUAAAUGAAUUAACAUUAAAUUCAGCUUAAAAAAUGGAACCGGCCUCAAACUGGACAGCCAGUGUGUACACGUUGUUGAGUUAACCCUCUUAUCAGCAUACCCAAAAUAUGAGAUGAUGGACAAAUGAGGUGAGAGGAUCAUUAAGCCAGUUAUUAUUAUUUUUUGUUGUUCAUACAAUCAAGAGCGGGUUUUACUACAGCAAUCAUGUUUAACAGCAAUGAAGCAUUUGUUGGUUUGAUGACAUGCUUCAUUGAGGAGUGAGUGGGGCUAGUGAUGAAAUAAAAAAGAACAUGCGACACUUUUACUUAGUUUUGUCGAAACGUGUGAUAGGUAACAUGAACUAUGCACUUCUUUGCUCAUUUCAUUGACUCAAUUGUCUCAAAUAACUCUUUGCAAUAAUACUUCAGCCUGAACAACGAUUCUGACCUGGGAUCUGAGGCUUCACGUCCUAAAUGUUGAGUAACGUCAAAAAGCAAAUAUGAAUCAAGCAGCGGUGACUGGUCACCUGCCAUGUUCAUUUUUCUGUUUCAGUGUUAUUACAGUCCACCUGUCCUAUAAUUCCAUGUGGCUCUGAAUCAGUGUGCUUCCCGUGGGUCCCAAAUAGAAAAUCUAAAUUUAGAAUGACUCUCAAUCCUAGAAUGAUUUCCUCCCCCACAGCAAUUCACAGACCUGUUGGGGGGGGGGUGGAUUUUUGGCUUUCUCUAAUAUUAUGUCAGUGCCUUAGUGCAAUUAAAAAAAGAAAAAUACAAAAACCAAGGCUUAUCAUUUAUUAUUCUGAAUGAAUACUGAACAAUUACAAAUUACAUUUAACUGCAUAUCAAAGAAUGAACUGCUCCCUCUUAAAUAUGUUACAUAUCUAGUCAUAAUUAACAAUGGCAGGUUGUUGAAAUGCUUCUUCUGACAGUAUUUAAUGCCUUAACGCACUCCUCUACUAAAAAAUGCUUGUCAUAGAGAAAUUUGAUUUAGAUUAACUAAAAAACAGCCUUGACUUUCCAUAUUUAUCAAUGUAUUUUGACUCAGUAAGAUGAUUAAGUAUUAUCUGCCACUGAUUUCUCAAAACUAUGUAUUAUGUGGUAAAUGUUUUGCAUUUAAUUCUGAGUUACACCUUGCUGAAAACAAAGAAUGCUCUUGGGUUUCAAGGCCACACACAAGUAUUUUUUGACCAAGGUAACAGUAGCUGUGGUUUAAAAUAGAUUUUCAUUUCAUUUUCAUUAUUUAUUUAUGAUCAUAUUCCCUUGACAGCGGAAGUCUCUUACUGCAUUGCCCGGAAAGUAUUUGCUUUGUGGGCUGUGCGAUGAGACGUUUGCAGAUGUAGCCUAUAAAGAGGCCUGACAGUCCAUAUCUCAUCCGAGCUGAUGUGUAAGCUGCAGUUGUCUUGAGGUGUCGAGUUUUUACUGUUUGUCUAGUCAGUGCUCUCUGCUCAACGCAAAGAUGCUGAACUAUGUGUGUUAGUUUGAAAGAAGAGCUGCUGUACGGUUUCUGUCAUGUUUCUGUCAUCCCUCUGCAGCCGCUCAUGUCCACACCACCACACUGUUUGUUAAGAUCAUAUAUCUUACUUCUGCUAGUCUGAACGGAUACCUUGUACAUGGUUUAGGAACCUUGGUUUACGUUCAACCCAACUGUGAAAUAUUAAUGGGCUACUGAUUUAGACUUUUGAGAAAACACCACUCUGAAGCGAAUACGUGGAGUUAUGGAUGGGGAUAGAGAGGCUAGUAGAACUCAAGUGUGUAGAAUUCCUUCUCUGAAGGUGACCUCACAAACUAACAUGCUCUUCCAAUAUACCACUGUAAAGUUUUUCUUUUUCAAAGAAAAUGAUCAUAGGAAAAUGGGGUUAUUUAUUUCUUUUGAUUUAUUUUGUCAUAUUUUUGUAAGACCUGAAAUGGAAUAAUAAACUGUUUUAAAUUUA